CCUCGCAAUAGCAUCGGAGUGUUAGUACCAACAAAAAGCUACAGGGACAUUCUGCGCCUGUCGAUGCCCAGGCAAGGAGCGCACAAAGCGUGUUCAAGGUCGGUGACGUCGUAAUUACCCCUCCAAAGGGUCCGUAUUGGUGGAGAUAAGAGAGCAACAAGCAAGAAGAGAAAUUGGCAACAGAGAAAGAGCAGGAGCAAAAUGUCGAAACCUCAUAUCGAGGAAGAGCUUCCAGUUCAGGAUGGUCUUUCUCGAACACUCAAAGACCUCUUCGCAGGUGCAGUGGGAGGCGUCGCGCAAGUCUUGAUAGGACAACCCUUUGACAUUGUUAAGGUCAGAUUACAAACAACAUCGCAAUACUCCGGCGCCCUGGACGCAGCAACCAAGAUCUACCAAAAUGAAGGAGCCCUCGCCUUCUACAAGGGAACCCUGACACCACUCAUCGGAAUCGGAGCUUGUGUAUCUAUUCAAUUCGGUGGCUUCCACUAUGCACGACGUGCCUUCGAAGCCAGCAAUGAAGCCAAGACCGGAAAGGGCCAAUUAUCAUACUCACAGUACUAUGCCGCCGGUGCAUUCGCCGGUAUCGCCAAUACCGUUCUAUCCAGCCCCAUUGAGCACAUCCGUAUAAGACUGCAAACACAACCCCACGGCGCAAACCGUCUUUACGCCGGCCCGAUCGACUGCGUACGCAAACUCUCAGCACACCAAGGCAUCCUUGGCGGUGUUUACCGUGGCACAGCUGUCACAUUCAUGCGCGAAGCACAAGCUUACGGCUGUUGGUUCACCGCCUUCGAGUACAUGAUGAACGCAGACGCUGCGCGCAACGGAAUUGACCGGAAGGAGAUCUCUACCCUAAAGGUCGCGGCAUAUGGUGGACUUGCAGGUGAGGUACUGUGGAUAAGUUCAUAUCCGUUUGAUGUCAUCAAGAGCAAGAUGCAGAGUGAUGCGUUCGGCAAGGAUCAGAAGUACAGGAGUAUGAGGGAUUGUUUUGCGAAGACGUACAAGGGAGAGGGCUUGGGUGGCUUUUGGAGGGGUAUUGGACCGACUUUGCUCAGGGCUAUGCCAGUCUCGGCGGGCACAUUUGCUACGGUCGAGGUCACGAUGCGAUUGAUCAGCUAAGAAGCGCUCUUGGUUUCACGAACAUCCCCAGAUAUUGCGGUGGUGGAGCCUGUACGAUAAGUCCAGAUCCAUAAUUGAUGGAAGACGCCGUUCAGAUCUUUAGCCAAUGUUUCAUGUGUGCAUACGGAGAGUUUGCGAUACGUACCAUUGGGAGAUCGGCCUAUCUGUAUGCGUGUGCGAAACUAUCGACUUCGUAGUGUUCCUGUAUCGGCUAGUACACGUCGAUAACAACACCGCCAUUGCGUCUGAGCUUGGCUCGGUCUUGGUCCACGAAUUAUUGCGGUGGGACACCCUUGAGGAACA